AUGGAUGUCCUGAGCUGCCUCAAGUACCUGAUGUUCAUCUUCAACGUGCUCGUGUUUUUCUUCAUCCUCGUCAGCCUCGUCUUCCUCAUGCAGCUGGUGGGGGCCAUUCUCUUCCUGGUGCACUGGAAGCAGGUCCGGCCCGAGCGCUUCCUGUCGGAGCUGAGGAGGAACUACCGCGGGGACGAGGGUGCUGAGGUGUUCAGCACCGCCUGGAACACCCUCAUGGUCACGUUCUCCUGCUGUGGCGUCCUGGGCCCCGAGGACUUUGGGAAUGGCUCCCGAUUCCAGGAGCUGCACCCGGGGGUGCCGUGGCCACGGGCCUGCUGUGCCCGGGAUGGGCUCCUGGGGGACCUGCUGGGCUGGGAGCAGUGCCAGGACAGGAGCCCCGGCUACAUCCACGAGCAGGGCUGCUUCUCCACCUUCGGCAGGACCCUGCAGAGGUCCCUGUCCCUGCCCGGCUCCUGCAGCCUGGCUGUGCUGGGCAUCGAGACCUUUGCCAUGUUCUUCUCCCUCUGCCUCUACUACAACUUCGACUGA